AUGGAACAAGAGAAUCCUACCUAUAGGGAAACCUUGGCUUUGUUCCAAGGAAAAAUGGACACCUUCCAAGGUAACAUGAACACCAUAAUGGAGUACCUUCAAGCUCAGAAGACUACUAUUUCUACUUCUGCCAAUCCCGCUACUGCUGCAGUUACUAAUGUCGUUGUUGUCACCACUUUUGUUGAUGCUGUUGUGGACACUGUGAUUCAAGCUGUGGAAGCUUCUCAGGGUGUUCAAAUUCCCAAUCAUCAAGUCAAUCCUCAGACUGCCAAUCAAAUUGCUUUUAGUUUAGAUCAGAAUAGACAGGCAUACUAUCGGUUAUUAGAUGAGAGGAUCAAAGCCAUCGAAGGUUUUUCUACUUAUGGUAUGUAUGCUAAGAACUUGUGCCUAGUUCCUAAUGUGGUGCUUCCUCCUAAGUUCAAAGCACCAGACCUACCAAAACACAAGGGUUUAAGUUAUCCAAGAAGUCAUGUCAUCAUGUAUUGUAGUAAUAUGGCAUCCUACAUUGAUAAUAACGAGCUUCUCAUCCAUUUCUUCCAGGACAACUUAUAUGGGGAAUCCUUAGAUUGGUUACAACUGCAAAAUCAAGCCUACAACAAUGAACCAUUUAAAGAAUACGCUCAAAGAUGGCGUGAGAUGGCUUCUAGAGUUAGACAUGCGCUGAUAGAUGCUGAGUUGGUCGAUAUUUUCACGAGCACUAUUCAAGGUAUGUACCAUGAGAAGAUGGUUGGCAAUUCAUCGUCCAACUUUCCAGACAUAGUAACCAUUGGAGAACGCAUUGAGAAUGGGAUGAAAACUAGAAAGAUUGCUAGUGUUGAUAACCAGACAAUGGUCAAGAAAUCCCGGGGUUUUGCUAAGAAGAAAGAGACCGAGGAAAGUGUUGUGAUAGAAAAUGUCUACACUCAUAUUCAAGAACCUAUGGAUCAUGUGCCAUACUACCCGUAUCCAUACAUUGCCGCUGCUCAAUAUCAGCAACAUGCAUACCAACCUCAGUAUCAGCAACCUCCACAGGCUCCAGUUUCGCAGAAUCAGGCUUCAAGAAGAUCCUUUGUUUGGACAUUUAGCAUUGAUGUUCGGUUUGCUCUCACUUUGUGA